AUGACCGUCACUCGCGGGUUCACGGAGGAAGCGGACAAACUUCUAGACUACCUCGAACACGGAAUUUUUGAUGCUUUGCAGAAGCAAUACCUCCGCAGUUUCAUAUUCGCAAUCUACCUCGAUAAUCAAGACCCCAACAAUAUCGUGGAAGCAUAUACCUUCAACUUCAAGUACUAUACUCUUCCUGGGACUGACACUGUAGUGCCUGUGAUGUCUCUUGACGCAGACCUUGAGAAACUAUCCCUCACCAAAACUAAGAAAGUUGCCGAUCCAGUGGCAGACGCAAUGAAGAAUGGAAGGGUGCCUACCUUGGGAGAAGUGAAGAGAAGCCUCAAGGCAUUAAUCAAGAAUCUCAUCCAAGCCACAACGCAAAUGGAUGCUCUGCCUAAGCGCCGAUUUGCCACGUUCAAGCUCUUCUAUCAAGAUCACACUCCGGACGAUUACGAGCCGAAGCACUUUCGUUCGGGUGAUGUGAAGAAAGAUAAGUGGUUCUUCACCACACAUGACAAAGGAGAAGUCCCAGAGAGGUGCAGUGUGGGUUCUCUCGAGACCGGCUAUCACGGCGUCAACGUACGCGUGACUUCGGUCUCUGCGUACUUGCCCUCAGCCGAGGAUAACAAUGCGCCGUUCUUGGGCACGACCAGCGGACACGCCCAUGCAGCGCCGAUCCUUUCGCCAGCGGAAGAAGCCGCCUUGCGGAACCAGCAAACGCAGAUACAGCGCCAAGAUGUUAUAGACAGGCGGGUCGUUUGGGAUGCAGACGAUGGUCUUGGCGAUGCGGACGCUGACGGUGAGGAUGACCCAGAUGUUACGUCAGGUGAAAAUGCGAGCUUCUACCUUGGAAGUUGGCGAGUGCAUGAUUCUGGUGUCGAGUUCGUCAUGCCCAUUGGUAUAAGGGACGACGAAGGGAAUAUCAAGCCUUUCUCUAAGGAAGAAAGACAGGAGCGUGCAGUUAGCCGAGCCGAAGAAGCGCAAUAUACUGGAAAGCAGGACAGCGUCCCAAGUCACGUAGCUCAACUGGCGCAAGCUGAACGCCACCCCGCGGAAGCGAUAAUGCGAACGCAACAACUGGACCAUACCCAGGUGAUCGAGACACCCCUCAGCGCGCUCUCCCGCCGUCCGUCCCCGUCUCCUUCUCGCUCGCCAUCCCCUACUCCUAAGCAGAGCAAGCGAGGGACUUCCGGGCGUAUACCGUCAGCAGGGCCUUCUCUUCCUCCUUCAGACCUAGAUGCACAGUCGUUCUCUUCGCUGUCCAGCCUCGCGGACGGUAUCCAGUCCAUCGAUACGCAGAUGGUGAAAGAUCUCAUUGCGAAUGCUGCGGCUACGGAAAUUGAAGAUACCGAGAUGUUAGACAUGGAAACUCAGGUUGUUCCUCAAGCCUCAGCUGAGAAUGAUUCUAUUCAGUCGUUCUCCAACAUCGCCGGCACCCAGCGAUCACCUCAUAUUCGACCUCCAAGGAGUACAGCAGAUAAAGAACGCAGCGACGCCGAAGACGAUUCUUCGCUGGAUUGUGAAUGCGGCGUAACGAACGAAGAUAACGACUGCUGCAUGUGCGAGGGUGGAUGCAAGAGGUGGUUCCAUAUAUGGUGUAUGGGCUUCCACUCGGCUCAGGACGAACGCAUACCAGCAGUCUUUGUCUGCUUUGACUGCCGUGUGAGGGCGGACAAGAACUGGGACCUCAUCAUGGUGCAUGAUCUGUACCCGAGGAUGCUCGCGCGGUUCAGGGACCUGGCCAUAUUCAGGAGAGCGAUCAAGAUCUUCGAGAUGUAUAACCCGGAGAACUUGUCUUCGUUCACGAAGUUGAUGGAUUGCGAUUCUGUCGUCGCAGGGCAGCUGUUCAAGCGUCUCGAGACAGAAGGCUUCAUCGCGAAGGAGACCAUAGAGGUGGACGACCUCGGUCUGAUGGAGACGAGCACCCGUACCGCCAAGGGAAAGCAAAAGGGGAAGGCUGGGGCGAAGACGAGACAGUCGCAGCGCCGGAAGACCAUGCAGAAGCCAAAGUACGUGUUUGUGCGGGCUACCACGAAGGGUCAGGCGUACGACGACUAUUUCAAUCCGGAUCCUGAGGUCGAGAAGAGACUGCUUGGGUUAUCUAACCUGAAACCAGCGCGCAGAUCGCACAAGAAGAGAGUAGUGGAGGACAUGGAUGUCGAAAUGGACGUACCGCUCUCCCAGCCACGGCUGGUGGACGUUGAUAUCAACAUGGCGGUGGAUUCGAACACAGAUGGCUUGCCUACAAUUCUCGCAGAGUCUCAGACCCAAGCAGAAACUCAGCAGAUCGAUGCGCAUGGCGAGGGCGAAGGUGGCCAAAUCAGGCGCAAGACGACGAGGACGUUCAGUCAAGAGGUGCCCCGGACGAGCAAAAAAAUCAAGAUGUCCGUCGGACCAGCGGUGGACCUUGGGGACUGA